GAUGUGAGACCAAAAUAAAAACGUGAUAUUUAAGUAAAUAUCGAUCAAAACCUUUUGUUUUGAUUACCAGCUAUCGAUUUUAAAUAUUUUUUAGACAGUGAUAAUUUUAUAAGACUUUAAGCGACGGUGAAUAUGCCAGGAUCCCAUAUUUGUGAAUAGAACGGUCUACUACGCUUGCAAAAUGAGAAGAUUGCCCGAAAAUGCGGCUUUGGAACAUAUCACACACUGGUGUCUGUUUUUCUUCCUAUCCCUACUACUUUUUCAGAACUCAUUACCCAGUCCUCAGUACUUAGUAUACAGUUAUAAAUAUCCCAUAAUUUUUCAAUUCCUGAUAGUUUGAAUAUUACAUAUAUUAUCAACGUAGUGAUUUUAAGUAUAAAUCCUUACCUUUACUUUGUAUUUACAUAGGUACUUAUUUACCUAUGUAUUUAUUUUACCUCUGUAUACCUAUAUAUGAUUUUUUUUCUAUCAAAUUCACGCAUCUGUUUAGCGCUAUCUCGACAUUCUUUGCCUCAGAUUGAUUUCCACGUGUAUAUAUUAUACCGUAUGUGAAUAAAGAUACAAUUGUUGUGAUACACGGCUUUUUUUCAAAAUGGCGAUCACGGAAAAGAACCAAGUUUACGAGAAAGUGCCAGUAAAUGAUGUGAUAAGUGAAAAUGAAGAAAUCCAUGUGCCCUCUUAUGGCUAUGGAAUCCGUCACGUUCAAGCCGUUAUUAUCUUUAUCUGCAUGUUGAUUAGUUAUAUGGCAAGAACCCACCUAGGAGUCACCAUCGUAGCGAUGACCAGUGCUAUUGCUCAUGAAUCUACAUUUAACAUGACAAUUAUUGAAGCAAAUGGAACAGGACUUAAUACAAUUGAUGGUUUCGACUUUAAUAUCACUAACGCUGAUAAUGAAAUAAAUGUUUUUAACAGUAGUCAUAAAGGCAGUAUAUGGAAUGUUUACCGGACGUACGACUGGUCAAAACCUAUACAUGAUUUGAUCUUGGGUGCUUUCUUCGUUGGUUAUUGCAUCGCCAUGUUUCCGACCGGCAUGAUCUGUCAGCGUUUCGGCGGGAAGCUGCCACUUCAGAUAAGUCUGCUGACAAAUGGAAUCGUAACUUUAGCGACUCCGUCCGUUGCUGUUUGGGGUGGCUGGAAGGCCGUGUACUGUUGUCGAGUCAUCCAAGGAUUAAGCCAAGCUGGUCUAUACCCAAGUGCUCACUGUCUUCUAGCCAAAUGGGUCCCUGUCAGUGAAAAAGCUACUAUUAGUAGUUUUGUAUACACCGGAACCUUACUGGGCACAGUGAUUGCCUUUCAAAUAGGAGGGCUAUUGGCCAGCUCUGCAGCAGGGUGGCCGAGUACCUUCUGGAUCACUGGCGCCUUGUGUAUAGCGACGUGUCUAAUGUUAACCGUGUUCGGCGCUGCCAGCCCUGAUCUCCACAAGACUAUCAGCGAGGAUGAGAAAAACUACAUUUUAGGCAAGAUUGAUGAUGGCAUAAAGAAAAAGGCUCCCAAGGCACCUUGGAAACGUAUCUUUACGUCGAUACCCGUCUGGUCUACAUUCGUUACCCACACUUCGGCCGGGAUCUGUUUCGUCUUUCUUUUUACUCAAAUACCAUCAUACAUGCAUUAUAUACUCGGCUUUAACGUUAAAGAUAGUGGACUCCUAUCCUCACUGCCUUAUAUAGCGAGUUCCAUCGCUAAUAUUGGCUUCGGAGUUUUUUCUGACUUCUGCAUCAACAGGGGCUAUCUCUCCACUAAAAACGCGCGUAAGGUGUGCAACAGUCUUGCUCAAUGGGGUCCAGCAGUAUGUCUGGUGUCAGUUUCUCUCACACACAAUAGUGGACUAGCGGUGUUAUUGUUAAUCAUGGCAGUGGGACUGUCUGCAGGCAUUCACUCUGGAUGGAUGGUUAACUAUAUAGAUUUGUCACCUAACUUCAGCGGUUCUUUGAUAGCCACUGGCAAUACCUUUUCAACAAUUGGCAUCACCUUUCUGCCCGUUCUUGUGUCUAACGUGGUUAUCGACGUGUAUAAUCCGCAUCAGUGGCGCAUUGUCCUGUUUGUUAUGGCAACUAUUAUAUCCAUUUGCAAUGCAGUUUUCGUCCUCUUCAUGUCUGCUGAUAAGCAACCUUGGGAUCAGAGCGAUGAUGAAGAUAACGUUGAAGCCGAAAAAUCUAUCGAAAUAAUACCAAUGGAAAAAAAUGAAACCAAAUAAAAUUAAAUGAAUACGGA